AUGAACAAAACAGCGAAGUCGGUUUCAACUGUACCCGAUGGACACGAAAUUAUCAAUCGGGUCUUCAUCGGAGGACUUGCUCGCGAUACAAGCGAGUUGGAGCUCGAGAAUUUCUUUAGUACGUUUGGUGAAGUGACGGAUGUUCGCAUUGUCUGCGAUAGGAAAACUGGCUUCAAUAAAGGUUACGGUUUUGUUACAUUCAACACAACGAAAGCUAGAGAUGAUCUCAUUGAAAAGGGAACAAUUGAUUACAAGGGUGGAAGGAAACUGCGCCUCCGAAAAGCAGUGAAAAAAGAGACAGGGGGACAGUUCUUUUCCACAGGAUCCAGUAAUCAAAUAGGGACACAACCACAACAACUGGUUCUUGUGCCUGUAGAGCCAAACAUGAACAUGAAUAUGCCUCCUUUGAUAAAUUGCAAUGCGGUAUACAACCAUCCAAUUCAGCAGCCCAUCAAUUAUGUGGCACCCCAGUAUACCAUGCCAAGCACAACCCAAUAUACUGUACCAGCAUUUUAUUAUUACUGUUAUUAAAAUGGUGACUAAUGAUCCCUGACCGUUUUAGCUCUAUGAGCUACAUGAAUGUCCAGUGUCAAGACUUAUUUUUGUUCAAAGUGAAUGAUGUGUGGCUGCAUUAAACAGUGGUUGAAACAUGACUGAAAGCUAUCGCAUGUUAUGUAGCUGUUUAUUCCUUUCUGAGGGGUGGACGGCUACUGAUUAAUUGUGAUAACAAUUAUUUUAGUAUUGCCAGAGAUUUAUACACCUUCUUUUAACCGAUAUAUAUAUUUUCAGGCAUAAGACAGCUUUUUACU